UUGGUAAACGAGUAGGAAAAAGAGGGAAGAUACUAGUACGUCGGAUACGUGGGAUGGAUAAUACUUCCUUGGCGCGUGUAAUGUACUCGUCCGGCGGCGCCGGCGCCUGCAUACAUGUUCUUUUUCUCUAUCCCACGUAUGUUUACGCGACAUGACACAGAUUCCGCAGCGACGCCCCCUGGGAAGCCUAUAUGGUAAUGCCCGGUCCAGUGUGCGCCAAAAUCUUCGAGCCGCGUCUAAGAACGAGGUUAUGGUUGAUGUUAUGACGCACGACUUUACGUAGCUCCGAGAUCGUUUAUUCUCGGUUUGAGAACGAUAAACGAACAUUAUUAGCCAUCGAUUUUCGAACGAAAGGUUAUCAUUGCGACACACAGAGACGCCAGUUACGCAUAUUCGAGUCCUUUAAUUAAGUCGUACGGAAGGGGACAAGGACAACGAACGUCGGCGCACGCGCUGCUUUCCCAUCGAUGUUUAUGGUAAUGUUGUUUGACGGUGUUACCAUGAUCGCAAUACAAUUACGGUGGACUAAAUUGCGUCGUUGUUUACGUUUUCACUGUUAUUACUUGAUACCCGCGUGAUCAAACGAGAUACGAAAAAAUCGUUAACCGAAAGUAUGUGGGGUUACGCGAGAAGUGUACAUAACCUCGUAAACAUGUAAAAAUUGUUCGGUGCCUGGUCGUAUGUUUUGGUUAGGUUGUCGGCUUACAUGGUGACGAAAGCCGUGACUCGUGUAGUUAUUUAGUGCGACGGCGACAAAACCUAAUGUUUACUAUCGAUCAGAAGGAAGAUGAGAAAAAGAAAGAAGGAACAGGGACAACGAGACACGACGUCAGAUUCCACGACGCAUUGCGAUAAAGGACCGAUGAUGGAACAUUCACCGUCGGCAUUCACCGACCAUACUGUUUACCUGAAUGAACGAACGUUCAGGGGAGGGGGAGGAAGUAUUUUCAAGAAUCGCCAGCGUGUAUCGCGUUGUGGUUGGGCAGAGGUGUGCGGGCAGGUGUCUCGACCGAGGCGCCGGAAGGUCGUAAACCGUUUCGGAUCACGAGGUCUCUACCGAGCCUCUCGGUACCGAGCGGCUGGACAUUAUUUACACCUCGUGGCGCGCUGUAAAAUCGCGUAUACACUCGUGUUCCCCCAUGCUGUCCACGCCUGAACGCAGGUUCAUUUAAAUUGCAUUGCAGUCGCAGGACGACCGUUUCGAUUCUCUCUCUCUCUCUUUUCUUUCUUUUUCUCUAUCAGUUUACAUAUAGUAGAGGUUCUUAUGAAAGCUUUUUCUGGAUUAUGGUAAUGAAAUGAAAUCUCAGAGCCCUCUCAUAGUCUGUAGAUAAGACUUAAAAGAAGGAAAUGUGUUACAAAUAUACAAUAUAUCAAAUACAAAAAAGUUCUACUAUGUAUACUUCACAUUAACACAUUCGGUUCUACUAAAAUGCUAUUGUCCAACCUACAUUCUUUAUUGGCCAAUGUUAUCUUUUGUUUAAACAAUAAUACUUAUCUCAACACAGUAUCCGUUAGGUUACUUAUCUUCCUUAAGGCACUUUAUUAAAAAUUAAAAUACGUAUAACCAUUUAACAGCAUUACUUACUGAAUACUGAAUCAACAAAGAACACCCAUCGUAGCAUUGAACGUACUAAACGUGCUUCCGCACUCGGCAUCCGGAUUAUCUUCAUUCCAUAGCUACCCAAAACUAACCAUCAAAAGUUUGGUCCAGGUAAAACUACUGUCGUUUACUUUCUUACAUUACCUUAGUAAUGGUAACUUUAUUCAUCGAACCUACGGGGCCCGCAGUUCAGUUUUUCGUAGAAGCGACUAUUGUCUCGGAGAUUAAUGGUGCUGCGCGAAACCGUUCGUCCUGCAGACGUACAGACCCGAAAGAUUUCGCUCCUUUUGUACCCUUCUCUGUUCCGUUUCCUUCACGACGACUACAAUCGUAGGGUGGCCGGCCUCGUUUCAAUUCCCAUUCAAAAAAUGGCCUCCUCGAAGCUUCGUUUCGAGGGUUGAAUUCUGGCUCCGGUUUCCACCCGCUCCCCUCGGCCUUUUCACGCGCGUGCCCGUUUCUCGGGGGACUUGUUAAUUGUCGGACGAAAUUAAUCACCCGGUACCCCGGCUCGCCUUUUGUAUACGGCGAGCUCGUGAUUCGCUCGAUUUAACGCGUUCCAUUAUACGGUCUCUUGGAUGGAAGAGAAUUGAUGUGAGAUGAAGAUAGAAGUGGUGAAAAGGAAAUUAUGGCGCGUCGUGGGAUCUAAAUGGCGCUGGUGAUGUUUUGUUGCUAGGUCUUCCUGCAGAUGGUGCCUGCUACUUUGGGAAUGUACGUUCGGCAAGCAGAUACGGGAACUGGGCUCCACCUGGUUCGCGGAUUUGGGCCCGCCCUUCGGAGUCAUGUACUGCAUCAAAUGCGAAUGCAUUCCGGUGCAGAAGAAACGGCGAAUCGUAGCGCGGGUUCACUGCCGUAACAUCAAGAACGAAUGCCCAGAACUUACGUGCAAAGAGCCAGUUCUCCUUCCAGGCAGGUGUUGCAAAUCUUGUCCUGGAGACUUUAGUAGCGACAUAGUGCAGGAUUUGCCAGCGCAAUUGACCUCCGAGGAAGAGGAACGAAGUCUAAAACAUUUUGGGACACUUUUAACUGGUAAAACAUCUCAGGUACUACGUCGCGAUGAACCCAGCCCGACAUCAAUGUACAACAGUGCUUAUAACUAUCUGGCCACAGGUCGUUUCACAUUUCACCGCAAAAAUCUGUACUAUUCCUUUUAUUUGUCAACAUCCACUCCUCGUCCAAGAAACAUACAAUUUAUCGAUGGAUCGGGAAGUAUUCUAGAGGAACAGACGAUCGACCCUAUUGGUGGAGUGUACCAAAAUGCUACAGGUAAACUUUGUGGGGUAUGGAGGAGGGUCCCUCGAGAUUACAGGAAACUGCUGCGUGAGGAACGCCUGCACGUGUCCUUUAUAUGGGAACCGUCGGCUACCUUGACUGGACAGUUGUCCCGUUAUCGCGCCUUGUCCACGGAACAGUAUUCCUCCUUGUUGGAGCCCACAAUGGGAGUGGAUCGCUCGCUGAUGUCAGGUGCAGGAGCUACCGCCAUAGUUUCAGCGUCCUCGGCAUCAGCGCCAUCUAUCCACGUAUCUUUGGUAUUCAAUGGCGUCUUUCUACCUAACGAUGUCUCCGAAGUACCACUAAUCGUCCAAUUGGAACACAUGGAGAAGGAUUAUGUAGUUUUACGGGAGGAAAUAAUAGUGAAGAAGCCGUCGAACGAAUUAAACUUUGGGGAAGUUCGGAGCGCCUUAUCUGGGGCGGACCUUCGUUUAUUAACAAGAGGCAAGCUCUCUAUUAGCAUAAUGUCAAGAAAAGAUCCUCAGGCACUUCGAUUAGCCGGGGUAGUGGGUCCACGUGCCAACUGCGAGAUGUAUCAAACUUUGCUGAUCUCAGAAACACCUUCAGCAGCUUCUGGAUUGGCCUGGGCAUUUUUAGAUCGCGCUGGUUCGUUGCGUUAUGGCGUUCAGUUGAUAGGACUGGAAGAAGAGAGUCCUUUGGUAACAUUAGUAGAUGAAGGAGGUAAACGUCGCACCGAAUUGGAAGAUCUGACGCCUUCUCUUGUUGAUGGUUUAGCUAAUGGAUCCUUAGAGCGUCCAGGACCACGAUUCCUUGAACCCUUGUUUAAUGGAGAACUUGCAGUUGUUGCUGCCUCGCACGUUGGAUCUAUGUUGCGUGGCCGAUUACUACAGAGACCUGUAGCUGAUGCUAAAGAUACUGCUGCACCUGUUUUGCUCAGAAGACUGUCCCAGGAACCUUUAAAUCCUGGUCCAGUUGGUCUGGUCUGGACAGCUGUUGAUCUAGACUGCUCUUUACAUUAUGAGCUUGAAAUUGCUGGCUUCCCUCAAACGUCUUCCACAAACAGCCACGAGCCACGCACCCUCCGACUUUAUCUAGAAACCAUGCCCUUAGUAGUUCAAGGAGCACCUGUAGCUAGGAGAUUAUUGGAAGAGUUCACUGGAUACGUGUUGGAAGGUUCUGUCACUGGACUCUCACCAGUGGAAUUAUACAGAAUUGAAUCUGGUAUUGGUUUCCUUGAAGUAACUGAUAAACAGGCUGAAAGGAUUUUGAAGGCUCCGUUCAAAGCCAGGGCGCCGCUCAGCUGUCUUCCUCAUUAUGCGGAUAACGAUGUUGCCUCGGUGGUCGCGUAUAAUCUUUACCCACCCAGGUCGGAUAUUGAAACUGGCGCGUGCUUCCAUGAGACUAGAUUUUACGAAGAGGGUACUCAGUGGACCUCCAGCACAGAUCCGUGCUACAUGUGCCACUGUCACCGUGGACUACCACAGUGCGAUCCAAUGCCUUGUCCAGUUCUUACCUGCGCUGAGGGCAAGCAGUUGAGGCCUGCUUCUGGUCACUGUUGUCCUAUUUGUUCAAGUCCAGGGAUCAACAUGAAUGCGACGGGGAAGAAUGUCAGUUCGGUGACAAGAGGUUGCACACUGGCUGGCCAGUUCCACCUACCAGGAGCGUCAUGGCAUCCAUAUUUGCCACCAAUGGGGUUCGACACUUGCGCAGUUUGCACGUGUGAUCCCGUUACGCUAGAGGUGAAAUGUCCGCGGGUACAGUGCCCGCCAUUGGAUUGCGACGAGAAGAUCGCCUUCAGACCCAGUAAGAAGGCAUGUUGCAGACAGUGUCCGGCGAUGACGCCUAGCACGAUCGCAGGAGUUGGGGGCGACACGACACGUUUACCACGGGACCAGGCGGCGCCAUCCACUAGGCGCACUGCUGAUGAGAUACUGGCUUCCGGCGGUUGCAAGUAUCCCCUUGGUGGUCCGUAUGAGAACGGGAUGGAGUGGCAUCCACGAGUCCACUCGCACGGAGAAAUGAAAUGCGUCAAGUGCAGGUGCAAGAAUGGCGAGGUCAGGUGCGACAGGAAACGAUGUCCACGGGCGCUAUGCAACACGAUCGCGCACCAGAUAAAACGCGGCGAGUACGUUGCAGACGGUGAUGACUGUUGCACGGUCCAGUGUCGCCGGGCGAGACGUCAUCAUCGUAACAAUCAUCAUCCAGCUCGGCAUUCGGUGACACCACGUGAACUCAGCUGAGUAGUUCCAGCCGCUGCUACCAAGCUUCCUUCGAGCAGUAUCCUGGUCCACGGUAAUGCUCCUGGACCUCAUUUCUCUCUAUAGCCAUCGAUUAGCCAUGCCGUAGUCGUCGUCAUCGUCGCUACUUUCGAUUCCAAAGCGAUUCUAGAGCGACCGGGAAGCUAUGAGAAAGUGAUAGAAGUGAAUUAGUAUCAGAAGCCUACAUUCAAAUCAAGAAGUAUGGAGAAAAUUACAGAUGGUUCUUACAGUCUGCCAGCACCAUCGAUUGUACAGUUUCAGAGACACAUAUUGUUUGAAAACUAGCCUCUUUGGAUUAAUGAACGUUGUAGAACAAUAUGGAAGGCAUAUCAUUAGGUUAUGCAAGAUUCAAGAUUCAAUUUAUGCAGGAACGAGAUUAAACGAAGCCAUCUAGGCGAAAUAAGGGGCAGUGAGGCACCUCGGUCUGUAUAUUGUAUGAAGUUGGUCAAUUUGGUCGGUUUUGAAUAAAUCGCCUGCAAAGUCUGCUAUCUCUCCAUAUGGUAACCAAUAAUGAUUUUCCAGAAUUUAUGAUUGAAUAAUCAUCCUAAACAAGUGUUCUGAGAGAGGAUGCUGGAAACGCACGGCGUCAUAUCCAGCGCAGCAGCCAUCCUUAAGAAAAGAAGAAUCUAUGAAGAAACGAUUGGUGCUCAUUUUGAAUGCUAUAUUCGGGAAUGAUAAAUCACAGCCGGAAGAUGGUAAUCAGUGAAACAGAAAGAUUCGCUGCUGGGAUGAUCGGUGGCCAUCGCAGGAAGCCAUAAUAAUGAUAAUAUCAAUAACAAUAUAGUGCGAGCACGGCAAAACAGGAAGGAACGUGGAUCGUUCUCGUCAGACGUUAUUCUUAUAUUCUCGUCGCUUGCUCGGUUAUGCGCUAUAGAGUCCCUUGCAGCACCCACAACCAGACUUUUAUUAAUCAAUUGGCUCUCAUCAACGGACCAACGGACCGGAAGCCAACUGCUCUCUAUCUUCGAAUGACCUCUCGCAUACACGUACGUAUGCUAUGCACACGUUUAUAUUCGUAUACAUACAUAUGUACAUAUGUGUACGUAUAUUAUAUAGUAUGACGGGUGUAUUGGACGAAAAAGCUAGAAGAAGAGAAAGAGAGAUUCGAAAAUGAAGAAAAAUACAAAUCUGGAGAAAGCUUUUAAUUAUUUGAUUUCCAAAUUUUAAUCUCUCGAUCAAGAUUAUUUCAAAGAAUUUUGUAUUCUCUGCCGUAUUAUUUGUUUUAGUUCCGAUUCUAAUUUCCAUAUUCGUCAGGCCUGUCUCUUCUUUUUCGUCUGCAAAGAAUUCUUACUUUUUAAAACCUGCUUUUUUAAUGCUAUACUCACUCUCAUCAGUUCAGAUAUGUUACUCUCAAUCUCUUCUAUCCCAAAAUGGCUCUAUCCGGUGUACGUUACCAUUCAUUUCAUCUCCUGGUUUGCAUUUUGGCGGGACGCGAGGUCGUUUCCGGUCUGCUGCUCUGAUUUCUGGAGAGAGUUAUUUUCAUUAUUACUUUACUGUAAUCAGAGCAAUCGAAGAAUCUCUCUCCUCAUUUCGCUACAUUUAUUUUUUAAAAGAAAGUUGGCUUCUGGAGAGAGUUUAAAGUCGUGGCGGCAAGUACAGAGCCCUACUGUACCCACCAACCUUAUCGAGUUACCCAGCAACCAAAGAAGACUGAAGAACCUCCGAUGGUGGCAUCAGUUAUCAUUAUAGCGCAAAAACACGCUAAGGUUUAUAUCACACUGUAUUAGCUCCACGCAAUUUAUUACUGCUACGGAUUAUUAUUAUUAUUAUUAUAAUUAUUAUUAUUAUUAUAAUUAUUAUUAUUAUUAUUAUUAUUAUUUUAUUAUUUUAUUAUUAUUAUUAUUAUUAUUAUUAUUAUUAUUAUUAUUAUUAUUAUUAUUAUUAUUAUUAUUAUUAUUAU